AGGGGCGACUUGGAAUCUCCCUUCACUGUCCGGCCGCAGGGGGCUGUGCUGAAAGCCUCCCGGCCACCUGUGAAAGUUGAGGUCCUCUUCCACCCCACGACUGAAAUGUUUCUCGAGAGCAAACCCAUCCUGCUCUGCCAGGUCAUUGAUCUCAAAUCGGGUCAAGGAGGCGAGACCGUUGCCACCAUCCCAGUGAGGGUGUCGGCGAGAGCUGUGUACAGCAAGGACAGCAUCGAGCCUGCCUCGCCCAUCGACUUUGGUGCCAUGGUUAAGGGCACCAAGAAGAGCCAGGUCUUAAUUGUGGAGAACAAAGGCGCCCUCAACUUCAAAUUCCUCAUCCACCGAGCACCUCCACUGCAAAGUUCAGAGCAAGAGGAAUCUGCCCCCUCGGUCAGGGAAAGAAAACGCUCCACACAGGCUCAGCUCACUGCAGGCGUGUUCACGGUGUCCCCUUGCUCCGGCUCCGUCGGUCCUGGGGGCCAGCAGAAGAUCACAGUGGAUUGCAGCCCAGGAGCAGAGGGGAAAUGUGAGGAGCAGCUGUACAUUGACAUCAGCAACAGAGACCCCAAGGACAAUCCCCUCGGCAUUCCCUUUACCCUGACUGCCUGAUUCCUGCUUCCCAGCGCUUGUUGAAGACGUCACGUCCAUCUUUGAGCAGUACCCGAUCCACAGCAACGUCAAUCUCUGCCAGACGUUACAGUCGGUGCAAGGCAACGGUGUGUUCAUCAGAGAUGAUAACAAAUUCAUCUUCACCAAAGUUCAGGUUGGGCAACGGGCCACGGCUCGCUUCAAGAUCUCUAAUGGCAGCAGUGUCCCAUGUGACAUUGUGCUCUCCAUCAAAGCCAUGCCUGGAGAGCCUCACAGCCUCAUCAGCAACAUCUUCAAGCUGGAUCCUGUCGAGAUGAGCAUUCCUGGCUUAUCCCACGCCUUUGCUACAGAGACCUUCACUCCAGAACAAAAGGAGGACUACCAGUGCACUUUCACAGCUUCCCUUGUUAGCCCAAAAAGGUAGUGACCCUGUGAAGUAUUGGGGGGACCGUUCUGGUAGCUGCCUCUCCUCUUGGUGCCUCUAAUGCUUUCAGUGCCCUUAGGCAGAGUACCUGGCAUGAGAUGAUGUAGGGGGCAUUAAGCAUUAGGCAGAGCAGAGCAGGAAAAUGAGGAGGAUACUUCAGGCUGUGUGAGGGACUCUGAAGAGAGGGCCUCAGGUAGCCAGCUGGAAGUUACUGACAAGUGCAACAGCUGAGCUGGGGCUUUCCAAGGACAAAGGCUCAGAUGAAGCAGUUUCUGUGCCAGCAAGUCAAGAUUUCCUCCAUAUUUCUGUAAAAGGAAGUGAUCCUGUGUGGUUUCCAGGCAUACAUUAAGCUAUUUUUAUAU